UUCCGUAGGCAACAUGGCGGCUUCCCGCUUGCCUCCCGCGGCCCUGACGCUGAAGCAGUUCAUGAGAAGGCAACAAGUUCUCCUCCUCUACAGGAAGAUUUUGCGAGCGAUUAGGCAAGUUCCAAGUGAUGCUGACCGAAAAUACCUUCAGGACUGGGCCAGGGAAGAAUUUAAAAGAAAUAAAAGUGCCAUAGAAGAGGAUGCGAUCCGGAUGAUGAUUACCCAAGGCAACAUGCAGCUAAAGGAACUGGAAAGGACACUGGCUUUAGCCAAAUCCUAACGGGAAGAUUCUCAGACCUCCGUGUGUUUUGCACAGGCUCAGAGCCUCUGUCACAAAGCACCCAUGAAAAGACGAGAAUCACUCUAACCAAGAUUGUAAAUCAAGGCGUUUUACCGUUUCCACUACAGUCAGUGACUGAUUAAAACGGGAACUAAUGUCAGGAUGAGGGCUUGCAAUCCUACAUUGCUCCGUGGGAGGGUGAAAUGGCAGCCACUCUGAAAACCAGACUAUUGUUAAUUCUUGAAAGGCAGUGAGGAUAGGGCUGGACAGGAGGCUCCGUGUGAAGGCUCUUGCUGUCAAGGACCUGAGUUUGAUCCCUGGGAUGCACAAGGUGGCAAGAGAAAACCACUCCAGAAAGUUGUCCUCCGACGUCCAUACCAGCACUGUGGUACACAAACCAAAAAACGAGUAAAUGUGAUUAAAUGAAGGGAGGGUGUGAUAGGCAGUUAGUUACCUCAUACUUACGUAAGAAAGUAUAUUACAGAGUUCAGCAUCCAGCAUUCUUUUUGGCUUUUUGAGACAGGGUGUCUUUGUGUAGCCCUGGCAGUCCUGGAGCUCACUUUGUAGACCAGGCUGCCUCUGCCUUCCAAGUGCUGGGAUUAAAGGCACGUGCCACCAUACCAGAUGAAUUUAGCAUUCUUCGUAACUAGAUUCAGAAUAUCCAUUAACUGAUACAGUUUCAUGCUUUGAAGGUAAGUUUACAGUCCAGGGGAGAUUGUUGAGGCCUGGCAACCUCAACCCCCUAGCAUAGCUGUAGCCAUUUUGUUCUAUGCCUGCCAGCCACUUCAUAUUGUUGCUGUAAUAUGCCUGUCAGUCAUUGACACAGAAGAAUAAGUUGAGUCAGAGCAAGGUCAUGCUGAUCACAUAUCCUGUUAUGCAUGAGGUUUGUCAAUCUUACGAAGUUCCACAAGGCUUUAUGUAGGACUCAUCAGACUAAAGAUCAGUAUGAAUUGUAAUGACUGAAAUGGCUCUACUGGGAAGCACUGCCUGCACCUGUGUAUGAGCUCACUGUAGUUUUUGCAGUUUUAGCCUUUAUAAGCUGACAGAGGAAGAUGUUCAGGGCUGUAGCCUCAGCCCCAGAUUCUGAGCCAACACUCUGAUUGAUCAGUCUUAGGUGUGCACUCAACAAACCAUCCCUGUCUAACUGAGAUCGUUGUGUGGUUUGUAGGUGACUCCAGUUCUCCUACAGAGAUGACUGAAAUGUUUUUGGUCAGAAGCAGGAGAGCUUUGUGCCUUUUUCAAUAAACAGUUUAACAACAAGA